AUGUUAUUUGUACCUCUGUGAGUAACAUGUUAUUGUAUUGGUAUGAAUGAUUUACAGUAUCGGACAAAAAACCAUUUCUUGUCAAUUAAAACCUUACUUUUUCCAGACAAAUACCACCUGCAAAAAUCUAUAUAAUCAUGCACUGUCGGGGGAAUGGUUACAAUUGCAUACCAAGCUUAUAUUUUUCUGUAGCAUUUAGAAUUUAACCCUAAAUAAUUCAACCCAUAAAAAGUAGACAUGUCAGAAAAGUGUUUAUUCCACCCCCACCAACAAACUGAGGGGAAAGUCACCUGAAAGAGCUGUUCUGAGGAAGAAGAGGAGGACCCUGCUUCCUCCUCUCUGACCUCCCUCUCCAGCAGCCCGCUGAACAAAGUCAACGGUGGGCGGGACCACCGGGCUCACUUUUCAGCUCUUUCUGAACGUGACAGCGAUGAUCUCGAGCUCCCAUUGGCUCUUGUCUGCGCACACGUCACAAUCAUGAUUAGAAUUGAUGAUCGGACGUUCUGAUUUCAUUGUCUGGGAAAUGGGACUGGUGAAGAAAUCUGCUGAUUUUAUUAUGUUCGCCUGAUUUUAACGUCCAAAAAUGCCACGUUAGCCGGCAGAGUGCCUUGCCGCCGCCAACCAAGAUGAGCGCCGUCACAGGAAGUCUCUCCUAGGAACAUGGAGGCGGGUGUGUGAUCUGCAUGGCUGCCUCGUUCCCCUCUACUAGAAUGGAUGUGUGGCCUCAAAGGCGUGGCCAGCAGACUAUGAACCUGCGGUCAGUGUUUACAGCUGAGCAGCAAAGAAUCCUGGAACGUUAUUAUGACAACGGGAUGACCAAUCAGAGCAAGGCUUGCUUCCAGCUGAUACUUCACUGCGCUCAGGAGGCCAAACUGGACUUCAGUGUGGUCCGGACGUGGGUUGGCAACAAAAGACGAAAACUCGCCUCCAAGAUUGACCAGAAUGGAAGUAUAUCUCACUCGCUGCCGGGUCACGGGAUAUCUGGAGGGCUGCAUCCCUCUUUAGCUGGAACUACACUUUCCAACCACAGCCUGGCUGCGGGGGUGCUGCUCUCCACUGAUAUGACUGCAGCCCGCAACAUCCAGAACCGUGUUCACCUCCUCCCCCAGUCCUCAUCCUUCCCAUCGCUCUCUUCAACCUCGUCCUCCCCGUCAUCCUCUUCCCCUCUCAGCAGUGGAAGCAACAAUAACACUAGUAAUAAUGAUGUAAUACUGACAGGCAUUUACUCCCUGAAUUCCGUUCCCCGCUCCCAACCCCGAUCCACAGCGCCCCCGUUCCCGCUGGAGUCUGAGCCUUCAGCUCGCACGUCCUCAGCUCUGAUCAGCCAGGUGCUGCAGAGCAGAAACGCCUCCACGUCCUCGCCCAUCCAUUCCAAGCUAGUUUCCCUCGCUCAGACUCUCCCAUCUCUCACGUCUGCCUCAGGACCGUUAGUCUACACUGCAGUCAGGAAGAGCACUUUAUCCAUAGCAGAAGGAGGGAUGAGUGCAGGAGCGGUACCUCACAGCUGGACUCGACAGUACGGAGCAGGGCAAACUCGCCCCUGGUCCGCCUCCUCACAAGCCCAGGCCACGCCCCUGCCCAGACCCCACUCCAACCCCCAACCACCCGCCCCACAGAAGCCCCGGGUCUCCCCACCCGCCCCCGAACAGACGCCCCGGAUUCAGCAAGUCUUCACCUUGUCGGAAAAAGGCAACGAGGAGCGACUCAGAUGCGGCCAGGCCUCUGCUCGGAGGAGUCAGGAGACCCACAGACCAACCGUUCGACCUCUAGAUACCAGUCAUAACUUUUCCAUUGCCAUGGAAACUGGAGAUGAAGAGGAGGAGUGGCAAAGGGAAGAGGAGCUUGCAAACAUGGCUGCUCAAACCCAUAUCCACAGGGAGCAGACAGUAAUCAGCCCACCGAAGGGCGAAGUGUCUGUUGUGAGGGGCGGCCGCACGCCCCCUCCAGACGUCCCCAAACCUGCUGUGGUUCAAAGCAGCACAACAAUUCAGGGCAGCUACUCCUUUACAGUGCAGACCUCAGUCACAGGAGAACCCAGCUCACAGCCUUCACUAGAUGCGUCUGCAGCCCCCUGGGUUAUCAGCAACUCCAGGAAGCGAACACUACAGGAUCGGACUCAGUUCAGCGAUGGAGAUUUGGUCCAACUGAAGCGGUACUGGGACCGAGGCAUGACAAGCCUGGGCUCUGUGUGCCGGGAGAAGAUCGCCGCUGCAGCCAACCAGCUCAACGUAGACACUGAAAUAGUCAAGACAUGGAUCAGCAACAGACGACGAAAGUACCGCCUCAUGGGGAUCGACAUCCCUCCACCUAAAGGCGGGCCGGCGGUCUUCACAGGUUCUCCUACAGGAACCAGAUCUCCAGCUGCCCUCAGCGCUGACGGGGAGGGACCCGUGACCCCUGAACUCGUGGAUGACCUGAACGAUGAGGGAUCCAUGUGCCUGUCGGAAGAUGGAACGGUGGAUUCACGGGAAAUAAACGAUGGAAUGGACGUUUCCAAUGCUGCUCCGUUGACCAAUAAUGUGAAGAUUGAGAACAUUGACGAGGAUGAGGAAGCGGACGGCGAGGAUGAAAUUGUAGCUUCAGAUCUUGAGCAAAUGCAGAACUUGCUGGAAUUCAAGCAUGAGGAAGUGCAGUUUUUAGAGCACGAGCUAGAGAACCAAAAACAAAAAUACCAGGAGCUUGUAAAUUUCACCAAGAGUCUCCUCAGCGCCGUGAGGAACAAGGACCUGAAACAACAGCAGGAGCUCUUGGCCAGCCUACCUCAGCCUUCAGUGCAGGACUGGGACGCAACUUUGGAACAGGGGGUCCAACAAGAAGUAACAAGCAACCACAACGACCUUCAGGCAGACAGCCCUCGAAGCGCAAUGGAUCGAUCCAAUGAAGGACUCCUGCUGGGCGCCGUAAAGCAAGAUGACGCAACGACCGAGGAAGCUGGGCCCUCUGCAUCAGAGGACCAGUUACAGGAAACGGUCACGGAACUAAAGUGACCGACUCGCAAAACACUCUUGUACAAAUGUUUUCCCACUCCACAAAGCAAAAGGCAGGUUUUACAUGGGAUGGUUUGCCAUGCACAGUACAGUGCCUGUGGGAUUGAUAACUUCACUAUGACUGUUUGGGCUGACCAAUGCCUUUUUUUUUUUUUUAAAUGCAUAUCAUUCGCCUUGCCUCUGGCACAGUCCAGAGAGAACAAUAAAUUACCUCUAACUUAUUUGCA